GAUGGCGUGACAAUAGUUCUGAAACGAUUUUCUUGAGUUCUUCUUCCUCUUGAUUGAGCGAAUUUAUCCCGUUAAUUACUUGUUAAUACUAAAACAGUAGUAUUGAUUUGUAAAUUGAACUCAAUCACGGGCACUCAAGACGGAGAAAUGGACAAUCAUUGAGGAAUUCAAGGCUCUGCUUAUCCAAACAGAAUCAUGAAAGAGCAGCGGGAGAUGCUGGAGUAUCUGCAGAAGAUUGAGGAUAAAGCUGGAGAGAUUUUAACUGACAGACAGGAAAUUGUGGCUCUGGAUAAAAGGAGAAAUGAUGAUCGUGUUGGAAUGCGCGCACUUCAGAAGCAGAAGAGUGAUAAAUGUUGGAUUACUGUUGGUCCGUUACUUCUGAAGAUGACUUCCAAUGAGGCCGAAGAGCUGCUACUUCAAGACCAAAAGAACUGCGAUAUCGAGGUGAAUAAACUGCGCAGUAAUUUGAAGGUAAAGGUGAACGAGCUUCGAGAUCUGGAACACACUCCACCAGUUUCAGGCCUCAUGCUCAAGCCAAUGUCUCAUGCAGAGAUGUCGGCGAUUAAUCAGUCAAUUGGAAAAAAAUGAUUAAUGAAUUAUCAUAAUGUGAAUGUGAUUUGUUUUUAUUCAUCGGUGGGAGAUGGUCAACGUAUUAAAAAAAUAAUAAAACAUUUGAUAUAUGGUUA